AUGUCCCUCCAGGUAAGAUGGCCCGACGGGUCCGCCACAAAGCAAAAGGCUCUUGAGGAUGCAAAGAAGAUGCAAAAUGCCGUCCUCGAGAGCUGCACAAAGGCAGGCAAGGAAGCCCCGCAGUAUGAGCUUCAAGAGCUCGUUGGCAAGGGAAGUUUUGGCCGUGUUUACAAAGCAACCGCCAUCAAGACCGGCCAGUUGGUUGCUGUCAAGAUCAUCGACAUCGAGGAGAGCGAUACGCUGAAUCCCAAGCUGGCCGACACUUACAGCGACCUGCUCAAGGAGAUCAAUGCCCUGCAGUUGCUGAGCGACAGCGGGGCCAAGAACAUCAACCAUGUCAUCGAGGCGUUGCCAGUUGGCCAGUCCAUGUGGAUGGUUACCGAGUAUUGCGCCGGAGGGAGCGUUGCUACGCUCAUGAGACCAACAGCCCCCGGCGGGUUGCUGGAGAAAUGGAUUAUCCCCAUUGUGCGUGAAGUUGCCGAGGCUAUUCAUUGGGUCCACGGCCAAGGCAUCAUCCAUCGCGAUCUCAAGUGUGCCAACGUCCUUGUCACCGAGACCGGCGAUGUUCAGCUCUGCGACUUUGGCGUUGCCGGUGUUAUCGAAACAAAGGUUGACAAGAGGACAACCUUUAUUGGAACUCCGCACUGGAUGGCGCCCGAGCUUUUCGACAAGGAUGCGUCUUAUGGAACCGAAGUCGACAUCUGGGCAUUUGGUGCCAUGGUGUUUGAAAUUGCAUCUGGCUUGCCGCCUAAUGUCACCGCUGGAAUCGAUUUCACGAGACUGGGAACGCAUCUGAAGCACCAUACACCUCGACUCGAGGGUGAUCAAUAUUCAGCUGGUCUGAGAGAUUUGGUGGCGUACUGCCUUCAGCACGACGCCGAAAAGCGGCCAACGAUUGAAGACGUACAAUUCCAUAGAUAUAUCCGUAAUACCGAAGAGUCGCAUCCGACCUCCUCUCUCGUUCAUCUGGUUCGGGCCUUCAAAAUGUGGGAGGCCCAGGGAGGAGACCGGAGGUCGCUCUUCUCUGCUGGUGGCGCCCAAGGCUUGGCCGAUCUCUCAGCCGCAAUCUCCAACGACGAGUGGAAUUUCAGCACUACUGCGGCUUUUGAUCAACAAGUCUUCGACCAAGGCGAUGCUCAAGAUGUUUACGAUGUGUAUGGAUCAAAGGUGGAAUUCAAUCCGGAAGGCUACGAUGAGACUUCGCGUCCACAAAAGCCCAAGUCGCGAAGGAGGCCACCACCACAUCUUCCUUCAGUGAAGGCGCCUUUGGAGAAAAUCUUUGAUCCAAAUACCAUAUCAACCUAUGAAGAAAACUCGAGAGCAUAUUAUAGCCAACCGUUCCAGGCCCCCAUAUCAGAUCUGCCUCUCCGAGACGAGAGUUCACAUACGCCAGAUGUCAGAGAGUCCCUGAUUGACCUGGACGUAUCGCUGCACGGCGGCGAGCUGUCGCAGUUUGUCGACCUGGACACUAUCAAGCCCAGCGAUUCGCAUGCAUCCUUGGACUAUGACUUUGAUGAUUCAAGCUUUGUCAGGGCACCGAUGAGCGACCCAAUCGAUCACAAAGACAAUAGGCGCACACAAGAUUGGAAAUUCCCUUCAAUGGCGGCGCCUGCGUCUGCCAACCCGGAAGAAUUCAAAUUUCCUUUCACCAGUAACAUCCCUCCGUUGGAUGAUGGCCGACCUGCACUUGUUCAUCACGCCACGGAACCCCCCUAUCAGCAUACUGCUAGUUUCAGCGAAAUCUCACAAACUCCCUCGGGUGACCAUCGUGCAUCCGUGGGCAGUCUGAUAGAUCUCGACAUGAGCUUCGCCGACUCAUCGACUGACUUUACCCGCCCCUCGACGUCCCAUUCUGAUGUCGGAUCCAUCAGCGGCUCAGAGAUUGGCGGCGGAAAUCCCUUUGAGCUAGAAAAACACGCUUCGCUCUAUGUCAUGAAUGCUACAAACAGAGAACCCUCGAUUUACAUCUCAGACGAUUCUGAAUAUGCACAGGUGCUCACAAGUAUCCCGGACCUCUCACUGGAUGAUGAGGCAAAGCACGAUGAUUCCCACAUUAGCAAGGAGUCCAACACCUCGGUAUUCAAUGAAGGCCGGCCCUACUCUCUGAGCGACUUCGCCGACAUGGACCCAGAACUGCCUCCGGAGCCGGCUCCUGCUCCAAGCACUCCUCAGUAUGCACUGUCGCAGUAUGCGCCGUCGCUGCGAGAGUACUCUCCCAAAAGUCGGUCCCCCCAUAGCCAAUCUCCCCCUCUUCCGCGUCCACGUCCGGCUAUGCGGCACUUCGAAGCGCCACUUCCUCCUCUCCCAGCGGCGCCUAUGCCAAAUGCUAUGCUUGGUCAAGCUUCUCCUGAGGAAGUCAGAAGAGAGUUGCGGCGGUUGGCCAUGAGCCUUGGAGACCAUCUGAGUUAUGUCAACUCGUACCUGUCGACUCUGCCUGUUCGGAGGAAGAGUACACAUACGCACUACUCAUUGGAUCCAGAGGGCGGUGCGAUAUAAGCGUAGGAGCGAUUGGAAUUUUGCUUGAGAGAAAGGUAUUGUGAUUUGAUUGAUCAAUUUAUUGGAAAAAAAGGUGUUUGUUGGCGAUGGAAGAUAGGAGGCGCAAUAUGUCUGUACCAUGACAAAUGUACGUUAAACAGCACUUACUUGCUACGUAAAGCUUGGUAAAGGGACAUCGUUGCAAUGUUAGCAAUGGUACAUCUACAAUAGGCGCGAUGGAUAUGUUAGUAUUGGAUUCAACGGGAAUUUGUUUUAUGUUUCAAUAUAUUAGUUUUG